AUUUAAAGUCACAGGGUUGUGUGUUCGGGAAAAGUGUAAAUUAGCACUUCCCUACACCUGCUUUUGGGAAAAAAGUCCUAUAGACUACAGUUUUUAUCAGGCAAUUUGGGGGCCCAAAAGUAUUUAGUAAACACAUUGCCUUACAUGCCAGUAAGGAUUAUCACAAGACCGGGUCAAGUCAUUUCAUAUUUUGGUGGCAGUUACUCUAUAACUGGUCAAGAGCUGCUGAGAGGGAACCAUUUUUUCAACAAGACUACAGUGACCUGCUUUUAUUGAAUGAUUACAUCGCCUAAACUGGGAGAGAUAGGACAGGGCUUUCAGUGACUGCUUCGAUUCAACACAGCAAUGGCUACAGCAAACAGAAAUCCAGUAACUGAGCUAAAGGAAGAACUGACAUGCCCUAUUUGCCUGGAUCACUUUAGUGAACCUGUUUCUAUUGAAUGUGGGCACAGUUUUUGCCGAGCCUGCAUUACCCGUACCUGGAGAGGAAUUCACAGCCACUUUCAAUGUCCCCAGUGCAGAAACAUAUCCAAAUGGAAAUUUUUACGGCCUAAUCGUCUUGUGGGAAAUAUGGUGGAAAUAACUGGACGCCUUGCUGCUACCAAAAUGUCUCCAGUUAGUAAGAAGCAAUGUGAAAAGCACCAGGAACCAAUGAAACUCUUUUGUCAAGUGGAUGCAAAGGAAAUUUGUUUGGUGUGCCGAGAGUCAGUGGAGCAUAGGACCCAUACAGUGAUACCAGUGGAGGAGUCAACUAGCGAAUUUAAGGUUCAGCUCAGCAAUCACCUUCAAACAUUAAGAAAAGAGGUUGCAACCAUCAUUCAAACAAAGUCAGAGGACACGGAAAAAGCUGAAAAACUUCAGAAUGAAAUUAAGCGAAAAGGCAGAAUGCUCACCUCUGAAUUCGAAAUCCUGCGUCAGAUUUUAGCAGAUCAGGAGAGUGAACUCAAAGGGCGUUUGGAGAACAUGGAGAGACUGAUCAUUCAAAGAACAAAUGAAAGGACCAGUAAGCUGAAUGAAAAACUGUCAUCUCUGCAGGCACUUAUCAUAGAUAUUGAGCAAAAUGGUCACAUAUAUGAGGAACCGAAAUCUGUAGCAGACAGGCAUUCUCAGAAUUUGCAGCUGUGUGACCCUAGGCAGAAGCCUUCACGUGAUAGCACAAUGCCUGCACGUUUUUUUGCCCUCAAGACAUUUAAUGUUCCUGUAACGUUGGACCAUAGAACCGCCAAUCCUAAUCUGAUGCUGUUUGGCAAUCGAAAAAAAGUCAGAUAUGAGAAGUAUGCAAUGGAUCUGCUCAAUUAUCCUGAAAGAUUUGAUAUGAAACCUUGUGUCUUAGGAACCACAGGAUACCGAUCAGGGAAACAGUACUGGGAAGUAGAAGUGGGUGGUGGAAUAUAUUGGAGUGUUGGGGUUGCCAUACAGUCUGUUCGCAGAAAAGGAGCCUUUAGGAUUGAGCCUUAUGUUGGUAUCUGGGCCAUUGGCUUACUCGGUGUAAAUGCUGAUAGAUACUAUGCUUUCACCAGUUACAACACACUCUUGCACCCCAGGGACCGCCCUGUUGUCAUCGGUGUAUUUCUCAACUGUGAAGAGAAUCGGGUUUCCUUUUUCAAUGCCGAGAGCUUUGAGCAUCUUUACACUUUCCAUGAUGUGCGUUCCCCUGAUAAAAUCUUCCCCUUUUUUUGUGUUGGGGCAAUGGGAACAGAACUGCGAGUUGUUGUCUAAGCAUUUCUUCUCAUUUGAAAUUUUAAAAUAUGUAAAGAUAAGUAACAUAAAGCCAAAGAUCUCCACUGCAGAUUAUUUUAUUUUUUAAAUAAAUAUGGUCAUUUAUUUAUGCA